ACGCUGCACAGGGCACAGUAGAUGCUUAGUAAACUGAAGGUUAACAUCUCUCUAACAUCUUACAGCUCUGGCGGACUUCCGGCAGGGUCUGGAAGACCAGUACGCAGUAGAGGGCGACGAAAAGGCGCAGUUCUCGUGCGAAAUGAGCGUGUUUGACUCCCCUGCGGUUUGGUACCGUGAGGAAACUAAGCUGGAGAGUGAUGAUAAAUACCAGCUCGACCAGGACGGGAACUUCCACUAUCUCACCAUCAAGGAUGUGAAGAAAGAGGACCAGACUGCGUACUCGUGCGAGUCCAAGCACAGGAAAACUACAGCCACUCUACAUGUGGAAGCGCUGAUAUUUUUCGAGCAAGGUCUAGAAGACCAGUACGCGAUCGAGGGUGAUGCGAAGGCCAAGUUCGAGUGCGAAAUGUCUCAGCCCGGCGAGUCAGCAAAGUGGUUUAAGGAUGAGGAAGAGCUUCAGGAAAACGACAAGUACAAGAUGAGUGCAGUUGGGAACAGCCACACUCUGACCAUCCAUGAUAUAGUCGUAGACGAUCAGACCAUGUACUCGUGUGCUUCCAGACACCGCAAAACAACUGCCAAAUUAUACGUAGAAGGUGUAAUUGACUUUGAGCCUGGUCUGGAGGACCAGUACGCCGUGGAGUUUGACAAGCAGGCGAAGUUCUCCUGUAGAAUGACUCAGGAAGACGCUGAGGCAACUUGGUACAAGGAAGAAGAAGUUAUCGAAGCUUCAGACAAAUUCGAAAUAGUCCGAGAUGGCCACGAGCACCAUCUUAUCAUUAAAGAUAUCAAACUAGAAGACCAGACCAACUAUUCGUGCGCGUCCAAGCAUCGCAAAACAACUGCGAAUCUCUUCGUAGAAGCGUUUAUCGACUUUGAACCUGGCCUUGAGGACCAGUAUGCGGUGGAAGCUGAUGAGAAGGCGCAGUUCACCUGCAAGAUGACCAAGGCCAAUGCCGACGCCACCUGGUUCCGAGAUGACAUUGUUCUGGAACAGUCUGAUAAAUACGAGAUGCUCGUUGACGGUCAGGUUCAUACUUUGAUCAUCCACGACAUCCUGCUGACGGACCAGACGGCCUACUCAUGCGCCUCUAAACACAACAAAACAACCGCCAACCUGUUUGUGGAAGCGCUAAUCGACUUCCCCAGUAAGCUCAAAGACCAGUACGCGGUCGAGGGCGAUGCGAAGGCCGUGUUUACCUGCCAAAUGACGGCAGCGAACAGCGAGGCUACCUGGUACAGGGAGGACGACGUUCUGGAAAAGUCUGACAAAUACGAGACUAGCGUAGACGGGUAUGUUUACAUGCUGGUGGUGAAGGAUGUGAAGAGAGAGGACGAGACCUACUAUUCCUGCGCAUCGAAACACCGCAAAACUACUGCAAACCUUUACGUGGAAGUUCCUGCCAAAUUUGUGCUGGGGAUGGAAGACCGGCACGCGAUCGAGGGCGACGAGCAGGUCGUGUUUAACUGCGCCAUGUCCGAGCCCGACCGCCAGGUCACCUGGUACCGCGAGGACGAGCCUCUGGCCGCCGAUUUCAAAUACGAGCUGGUAUCGGAGGGCACGAUGCACAGACUGAUCAUCAGGGACGUUAGGCGGCAGGACGAGACCACGUACGCGUGCGCGUCCAAAGAUGACAGGACAGAAGCGAACCUUACAGUGGAAGUCCUGCACAAGUUUACCCAGGGUAUGGAUGACCAACGCGCGACGGAGGGCGACGUGGAAGCCGCCUUCACCUGUCUCAUGUCCGAAGAAGACGCGAAAGUCCAGUGGUACCUGGAGGGCCAGCAGCUCGAGCCCAGCGACAAGUUUGAGAUGGUCACAGACGGGAAACUGCAGGAGCUCAUCAUUAAGAACAUUGUGCUUGAGGAUGAGACCGAGUACACCUGUAUGUCUAAGGACGACUCCACUACAGCGAAGUUGUAUGUGGAAGCACUACCGCCUGAAAUCAAGCGUGGUUUGGAGGACGUAGAGAUCUAUGAAAAAGAAACCGCGUCCUUCGAAAUAGAACUUACAAAACCCGUUGAGGAAUUCUCCUGGUUCAAAAAGGGAGAGAAACUCGAGGCCGGUGAAAAAGUCGCCAUCGAGAGAAUGAACGACCUGACCUUCAGGCUGAUCCUGCGCGAUGCCGUUCUAGAAGACGAGGGUUCGAUCAAAUUCGAAUCUGGUGACCUGAAAUCUACUGCUAUGCUCACUGUUCUAGCUCUUCCUUCUGAGAUCGAGAAGAAUCUUGAAGACGUGGAGAUCUACGAGAAGGAGACGGCAACGUUCGAGCUUGAGCUGACGAAGCCAGUGGAUGAGUACAGGUGGUACAAGAAGGGUGCAGUGCUGGAGAUGGGAGAGAAAGUGAAGAUGGUGGAGGAAGGGUCACUGUACAGACUCACGCUCGAGGACUGCCAAGUGGACGACCAGGGAGCGGUCAAGUUCGAGUCCGGACAUGUCAGACCCUCCGCUAGUCUCAUUGUCAAAGCUCUCAUCAAGUCGCCUCACGGUCUCCAGGAUCAGACGAUCUUCGAAACCGAAACUGCGAGUUUCGAGAUCGAGCUGGCGCGACCUUUCGACGAGUUCACGUGGUCUAAGAACGGCGAGGCGCUGACCUCAAGUGACACCGUUGUCAUGGAGAGGGACCAGUGCGUCUAUCGUCUGACGCUCCACAAGUGUCGUCUGAGCGACACCGGAGAAAUCAGAUUCGGGUUCCUAGACCUCGAGUCUACCGCUAAGCUCACAGUGAAAGCUCUGCUUAAGAAGGGUCUUCAGGACCGCGAGGUGUUUGAAACAGAAACCGCCGUGUUCGAGACGGAACUCUGCAAACCCGUGGACGAGUUCCGCUGGUUCCGUAAAGGCGAGGUUCUCGUUCCUGGGGCGGACGUGGUGUUUGAGACGGAGGAGGCACGCUACAAGCUGUCGCUGAAGAACUGCCGUAUGGCCGACGCCGGGGAGAUCAAGUUCGAGUUCAUGGGCCUGGAGACUGCCGCGAAUCUCACUGUCAAAGAUAUGAUAAAGAAGGGUCUUGAGGACGUGGAGAUCUUUGAGACGGAGAACGCGUCGUUCCAAAUCAUCCUGGCCAAGCCCAUAGAGUCGUACUCCUGGCACCAGAAAGGGCAGAAACUGGAGGAGAACGAGAACGUCGUGAUGCAGGUGGACGAGUUCAUCUACAGGCUCACGCUCAAGAACUGCUCCAUGGAGGACGCCGGAAGCAUCAAGUUCGAGUUCUUUGGCAUCGAGUCCAACGGCUCGCUCAUUGUCAAAGACCUUCUGAAGAAGGGUCUCGAUGAUGUAGAGAUCUUUGAGAAGGAGACGGCGUACUUCCAGGUAGUGCUAGCUAAGGCUGUGAAGGAUUUCCGCUGGUUUAAGGCCGGCGUGAUCCUUGAGCCGAGCGACGAUUGCCUGAUACGAGCCGAGGGCGUUCUGUACAGCCUGACGCUAAAGCAUUGCGUGAUAGAGGACACGUCUGCGAUCAAAUUUGAGUUCCUGAACCAUGAGACUUCUGGACAGCUGAUUGUCAAAGCCCUGCCGCCUCAGCUGCGGCGCGACCUGAAGGACCAGGAGAUCUGGGAGGAAGAGGCCGCGCGGUUCGAGCUGGAGCUGACCAAACCGGUCGACGUUUACAGCUGGUUCCUGAAGGGCGAGGAGCUGGCACAAGGAGAGAAUGUCGUGUUUGAGGAUGACGGAAACGUGCACCGCCUGAUUCUGCUGAACUGUCGGGUGGAUCAGACCGGCGCCGUGCGAUUCAGCACGGGCGGACUCAUCUCGUCCGCCACGCUCGUCGUCAAAGCACUACCCAUUGAGAUUAUCCGCGGCCUGACUGACCAAGAAGUGUUUGAGAUGGAGAGCGCUUCCUUCGAGAUCGAGCUCAGCCGACCCGUGGAAGACUUUAAGUGGUACCAGAAGGGUAUAAAGCUGGAGGAGACCAACAAUGUUUCCUUCGAGGUUGUUGAUGAGCGAACGUACAAGGUGGAGCUGAGAGACUGUCACCUGGAGGACAUGGGGACUGUACGGUUUGAGGCCGGCAGUGUCAAACCGUCUGCUACGCUCAUCGUGAAAGGUACACAGACGUUGCCUAUAGAGAUCAUCCGCGCCCUGCAAGACCAGGAGGUGUUCGAGCAGGAAAGCGCCUCGUUCGAGAUCGAGCUCGGCCGCGCCCUGCCCGGCGCCAAGUGGUACAAGAAGGGCGCGGAGCUGGAGAGUUCCGACACGGUCAAGAUCGACUGA